CCUCUCCUCAUUGUGUCAUCCUCUCUCUCUACCAUAAUGGGUGUUCCGGCUGAGUCACGGUGGAGAAGUCAAGGCCGACGGGAAUUGCGAUUGACGGCGGAGAUCAUGGACGCCGGAGAUCUACGGCGGAGGACGGUGAAGAGAUUUAUGGAAGAUCUUGGAUCUGUUGUGAGCGGUGAGGAGAGAAAUGCGAUUGAUGAUGCGAUAAGGCAUGUGGUUCAGGAGGUCAAGUUAUUGGCUAAGAAGGAAGAUCGGGAGGGUUUGGAUUCAUCUAUCAACGAGCUUCUUCUUCUUGGAAUGCAAAGGCUACAUGAGUAUGAUAAAGCAAUGGCUAUGCAGGAGUGGAUUUCAUACGGUUCAGCUUGCAGAGAUGAUCAGUCCUGGGCUUAAUCCAUUUGGAAAGUACAAGAAACAAUGCACAAGUGAGUAUGAUAAAGCAAUGACUAUGCAAGAGUGGAUUUCAUACGGUUCAGGUGAGCAAACCUGGGCUUUUUCUUUAGUAUUUGGGUAAUCUUUGGAUAAACUUUACUCUAAUCUUUAAUUUUUGGAUAAUCUCUACUCUAAUCUUUUGAUUGAAACAUUAAUUAAUCUUUAGUCUUUGGGUAAUCUUUGGAUAAUCUUUACUCUAAUCUUUUGAUUGAAACAUUAAUUAAUCUUUAGUCUUUACUAAACUCUAAUCUAAUUUUAUAAUCUGUAAUCUCUAAUCUUUAGUCUUUACUAAACUCUAAUCUAAUUUUAUAAUUAAUUAAUUAAUUUCAACAUUAAUUUUUGUGAUUUAA